AUGGCGGUUCGCAGACAGUGAGGUGUUGUUUAUAUUGACGCUUUGAGGCGGCGUCCAGUCCGAUACUUUCUUACCGUCGGAACGGUGAGUAGUAAACUGGACGAAGAAAGGACUGCGUUUUUUAAAAACCAUAAACAAAAGACCUUUUAAUAUUUUACAAAACAGGAUAUCAACACUCGCAGGUCAGUUUUAGUUAUGGGUUUACGUAAAGAUGUAUUUUAAGUCAUUUGACAGAUUAUUCACCUCAGUGUACUUACAACAAUUACAUUUGUGGAUUGUAGUACAUGUGGGACAAUCUUAAAACAAUUUUAUAGUCAAAAGUCUUGUUUUUUGACACAAUUAUGGAUGGAUCAAAAGAGAUAGAGACCACAUCAUCUUUCAAUAAAACCAAAGAAAUAAACAGGACUUAUGUGGUCUCAGCACUCACAAAAUGUGGAGAAAACGCAUUUAAAACGCCAUCCUCUGGUGCCAGACUCACUCUUCAGAGAAAGCCCAGCAGAACCACUGCAAACCACCAUGAAGAAACCACACAGGAGAACCAAAGAGGAGAGAAACGCCUGACCCUUCAGCGCCGCACCAGAACCAAAGUCCUGACCGAACCCAAUCCAGCACCAUCUUCAGCAAAAGAGACCCACGAAACCAUCAAAACACCUGGGAAAACCUCCUGGAGUGCUCAGAAAACAAGUUCUGAGAAGGUCAGAGCCACCCAUGAUGAGGGUAAACCCGUUUCGACACCUACAAGAAGAACCCAGUUUGAGAAACUAAGCGUCAAGAGAGACGUCUAUGAGAGGCUGGCUGGUAAAGAUGCAUCUAGACCCGCAUCUUCCAAACACACAACCGCUGGAAGACAGAAGCCACCGCAGAUGAGCACUGAAACGGCUAAAUCAACAUGUGGAGCAACAGGUGAGAAGGUUCAGAUUGGUGGUUUAAAUGGGCACAUGACACCCGCCUCACGUUCAGCACAGGUGAGGAGACCCACAGCCCUAAUGAGCUCCACAGCUCAUGGAGGAGCAGGUGUUUCUAGAGCAGCUCCUGCUGAAGGACAUGCUCCUCUUGAAGCUGUGAGCAGAACGAGUGCUCUACAACCCCAAGAGCUGAAGAUGGAGAACAGUGCGGUCACUGUUGCAGUUCGAGUAAGACCUUUCAGUUCAAGGGAGAAGAACGAGAAAGCCCGUCAAGUCAUCUUCAUGAACGACCACGAAACUGUUGUGCAACAUCCAGAUACUAAACAAAGCUACACAUUUACCUUUGACUUCUCUUUUUGCUCUAUUAAUGAAUCGGAUGCAAGCUUUGCCAGUCAGCAGGUGGUUUAUGAAAAACUGGCUCGGCCCUUGCUUGAAAGAGCAUUUGAAGGAUUUAACACGUGUCUUUUUGCAUACGGCCAAACGGGUUCUGGAAAGUCCUACACUAUGAUGGGUUUUGGUGAAGAGGCUGGCGUUAUUCCCAGAUUCUGCAAGGAACUUUUCUCGAGAUUGUCUAGAACUGAAAACAAAGAGAUCUCCUGCCAUCUGGAGAUGAGCUAUUUUGAGGUGUACAAUGAGAAAAUCCACGAUUUGCUGGUGGCAAAGGAUGAGCAAAACCAGAAGAAAAUGCCUGAAAGCCUUGGUGGAAACUCCAAGACGGCCAUGAUCGCCACCCUGAGCCCUGCGGCCAGUAACAUGGAUGAGAGCCUGAGCACGUUACGCUACGCCCAGCAGGCCCGUAUGAUCAUUAAUAUAGCCAAAGUCAACGAGGACACCAAUGCCAAACUGAUCCGAGGUCACCGGAUAAACCUGGUGGAUUUGGCAGGAAGUGAGCGCUGUACUUCAGCCCAGACCAGUGGAGACCGGCUCAGGGAGGGAGCGAGUAUCAACAAGUCUCUGCUCACGCUGGGAAAGGUGAUCUCAUCACUCUCAGAACAGGCUCAGACCAGAAAGAAAGUCUUCACCCCGUACAGAGAGUCAGUGCUCACAUGGUUACUCAAGGAAAGCCUUGGUGGAAACUCCAAGACGGCCAUGAUCGCCACCCUGAGCCCUGCGGCCAGUAACAUGGAUGAGAGCCUGAGCACGUUACGCUACGCCCAGCAGGCCCGUAUGAUCAUUAAUAUAGCCAAAGUCAACGAGGACACCAAUGCCAAACUGAUCCGAGAGCUGAAAGCAGAGGUGGAUAAGCUCCGUGCGGCUCAGAUGAGCUCUCAGGGCAUCGAGCCAGAGAAAAUGAGACUGUUUCAGCAAGAGAUCACCUCUCUUAAGACUAAACUCUCUCAACAGGAGCAUGAAAUGGCCGAAGCUCACAGAACUUGGAAAGAAAAGCUGGAAGAGGCAGAGAGGAGGAAACGUGAAGAAACCAAAGAGCUGCAGCGCGCCGGCGUCACCUUUAAAGUGGAUAAUCGGCUGCCUAACCUUGUGAACCUGAAUGAGGAUCCGCAGCUGUCAGAGAUGCUGCUGUACAUGAUUAAAGAGGGCGAGACCAAGGUCGGCAAGCUCAAGUCUGAGUCGGCUCACGACAUCCAGCUGUCUGGAGCUCUCAUCGCUGAUGAGCACUGUGUCAUCUCUAGUGUGAAAGGUACCGUCAGAAUUAAACCGAUGGCAAAUGCCAAGACCUUCAUGAAUGGACAUCUUGUGUCUGAGUGCACUGUUCUCCACCACGGAGACCGUGUGAUUCUUGGAGGAGAUCACUACUUUCGGUUCAACCACCCCGCUGAGGUUCAGAGCGGGAAGCGUGCGUCCUGUUGGAACAGUGGAGAAGGUCAAAAGGACUUUGAGUUUGCUAAAAACGAGCUGCUGUCGGCCCAGAGAGCUCAACUUGAAGCGGAGAUCGAGGCAGCUCGGUUGAAGGCCAAAGAGGAGAUGAUGCAGGGCAUUCAGGUGGCAAAAGAGAUGGCACAGAAAGAGCUGAGCGAGCAGAAGAGUCAGUAUGAGAAGAGGAUCAAAGUUCUGGAGCGAGAGCUGGAGGAGGAGAGUGAACGGAAGAGAGACCAGGAGCUGGAUAAAAAGAGGGUCGUCGGUCAGAUAGAGCAACUGCAGACAGCAAGGUCUCUGCUGGAGCAGGAAGUCAACACCCAUAAGAGACGUCUGCAGAUGGAGGCCCAGGCUACUAGACAGGCGUUGGCCGAUCAUGAUAUCCGGCAUGCUAAAAUUGUAGAGGCGCUUGAAGCAGAGAAGAGGAAGAUUGCAGAAGAUCUUGCUCAGAUUGAGAGAAAACGUGCUCAAAAAAUGGUCCAGGCCACUAAAACAGCCUACCCACAGUGGGAUGCCUUGAAGCUGUCUUUGAUGAUUGAAGAAGCAAACAAAAUCAGUGCCAAUCUCAGGAAACACACAGUCUUCAGCAGACAUGAGGCAACUGAUAAAGAGAGCGAGGGUGAAAACGCCCAACUGCAGGUCCAAGUUCAGAACACCAAACUGGGAAUUUCCACCUUCUGGAGUCUGGAGAAGUUCCAGAGCAACUUGGCUGCCAUGAGAGAGCUUGAGCAGGGGGAGAGCGCCUCUAAAGAUGAUGACGUGUUUUACGACCCUAAUGAUGAGUGGGAACCAGACCUAUCUGCCUCUUCCUCAACCUCGUCUUUCUCUCGCAGAAGGAGUAGAAGUUUGCUAAAGAGCAGAAGGAUUUCUGGCCGUCUCUAUGAGAUCCGGGUGCACCCCAUUCAAAGCCUGCAUUGUGGUCCCUCACAGUCCACUGGGCUGAUGAACAAGCCCCCCUCUCUGCACUCCAGCACCUCUGAUUCCGCUCUCCCAGCCAUCUGCAAAGGCCUGAUUGGCUCUGCCGUUGCUCGUCUACGCUCCUGCCAAUCAGCUGAGGAGAGCGAAAGCUUGGCUGACAAACUGACCCUAGAUCUGCUGGCGGUUUACCGUGCCGUGAGGUCCAUCGCAGACCUCUACGAGCACCUUGACGACGACAGUCAGGAGAACCUGUUUGCCUGCAGUACUGAAGCCCAGACUCAUCUAGUGAAGGCCACGUCUGCUGUUGAAAGGGCCGUGUUCAUUACCAUGCACUGGGUCUCCAGCAUUAAGCCCAGCUUUGAUUCAGUGUCUCCGAGAGCUGAGGAGCUCAAGACUGAGGUCAAGAAAAUUGGAGGCUACCUUCAGUUACUCAUUCAGGGCUGUGACUCUGAGAUCUCCUCCAUGGUAACAGAGGCCCAGAGGAAGGUUGCCAAGUGUAUGAACGUGGCUCUCAAAACCAUCGGUAUGCUGGCAGCAGUGAAUGGGACUGAUCUUCAUUUGACUGAACAUGGUUCAGAAAUCAUAGACAACAGGUCAGUUGUGGAUUCUUUGUGGGAUGGGAUGCGUCAGAGUGUGACUGAUCUUCUCCUCAUAGGUCAGAGGAUCACUACAGAGAUGCAGGGAGAUCUUUCAUCUGCUCAUAUACCGAUUCAGAAAUCCAACGCAAUGGAUGUUGCCAGCAGUCUGCAGAGCUACUUCCGCUGUUGUUUGUCGGAGAGGUCAGGCACUGCUGAGGAUCGUUCAGAGGAUGAUGAAGGCUCAGACUUGUGUGCCAUUCAGAACACCACCGCUAAACUCCUCAAGCUGAACCGAGCGAUCAAAGAUCUCCACUCAUCUUUGUUGCACUCUCUGAAGGGGAGGGGCAGCGACGCUGGCCUUAGUCAGACGAUACAGUCUCUGUCCAAGACAAUUGAUGAUGUCAUCAACGGCCUUCCAUACGAAAUGGCUGGAAGACGUUCCGACAGUCUCCAGCUUCCAUGUGAGAGGAACAUCAUGGCCUCCCGUGAUCAAGUGCACUCGGCGCUGAAGGCUUUGACAGCGGCGUUCGAUAAAAGCACAGACGGAAUACAGAUGCUGGACACAGACAGACAGUUUGUUCAACCAGGUUAUGGCAGCAGAAAUCGAACGGUUCCUAAAGUCGUGUAUUCGCUUUCCUCAGGCAUUAGCGCGUGUUCCAGAGAUGCCCGCUGGGUGUGAUUUGGAUAGCCACAGAUUGAAGUCAUGUACUAGUCAUGUAUAUAACUAUUUUGGGUAUAAUGGUUAAUGCAAAGGUUGACUCACUUUUCAUUUUGAUAUAUUUACAGUAUGCACUCAUUCAGGCCUACAAUAGUUUGUUUGCAAAUUUUGUACGACCUGUAGGAUUUUAAAGAAGAACGUAAUUGUAUAACUUAUGAAGAUGGGUUUCUGUGUAUUUUGCAAGUGAUCAAGCACCUAAGUCUUUUAUAACUCAUGCAGAAAAUAGUACUUCUGUAUAUAUAUUUGCACUUGAAGCCUUUGCACAGGCUUGGGCGCACUGGUAUUUCACAAUAUCAUUUGCAUGGAGACUUGAUUUUUAGCAUUUGCAGUGGCAUUUACUAUGGAUCAUGUAAUUGUUCCACACUAAUUUAUACUUUCAGUAAUAAACACUCACU